AUGCUGCAGGGACAGCAGCAGCAGCAGCACCAGCAGCAGCAGCAGCAGCAGCAGCAGCAACUGUUGCUGCUGCAGCAACACCCCAAGCGACUCUGUGUGCAGACAGCCCCAAAGGGGGCGCUGAGGGGGUCGUGGAUACAGCUGCAGCAGCAGCAGCUGGUGCUGCAGCAGCAACAGCAGCAACAGCAGCAGCAGCAGCAACAGCAGCAGCAGCAGCAGGCCCAGCAUCAACCCCUGCAGCAGCAGCAACAGCAGCAGCAGGAGGCGUUGCUGGCGUUUGGUACCGUGUGGGGCCUCGCCGCGUCGGGGCCCCAGCAGCAGCAGCAGCAGCAGCAGCAGCAGCAGCAGCAGCAGCAGCAAAGCUCGCAGCAGAACCAGGCCUUCAAGGCGUAUAGCGCAGGAGCUGGAGGAGCUGCAGUCUGCAUGCAGCAGCACGGGGAUGGGCAUCGGCAGCAAAAGACAGAAAAAGAUGUCGUCGAGGGAGCAUGCUUCGCAGCAGCUCACGCCGCUGCAGCAGCCGCAGACAGUGCUGCAGCAGCAGCAGGUGCUGCUGCUGCUGUGAAAGGGGUUGACGGCUCUUCGUCUGUGCUCAGCCAGAGCAUCCGCAACCGUCCCCGUAGGAACUGCAGCAGCAGCAACAGCAGCAGCAGCAGCAGCAGCAGCAUGCAUGCAGGGAGCAUGCUUCGCAGCAGCUCACGCCGCUGCAGCAGCCGCAGACAGAUGGAAGGGGAUGACAGCCAGAGCAGCAACAGCGAUGGAGGCUGGAUAGAAGACAGCAGCAGCAGCACGAGCAGCAGAACAGCCUUUGGUGCCCCCCCCCACCAGCAGCAGCAGCAGCAGCAGCAGCAGCAGCAGCAGCGUUCUCUGCGCAGCAGCAUGCGUUCUCUGCGCAACAACAGCAAAGACAGCAGCAGCAGCACGAGCAGCAGAACAGCCUUUGCUGCCCCCCCCCACCAGCAGCAGCAGCAGCAGCAGCAGCAGCAGCAGCGUUCUUUACGCAGCAGCAUGCGUUCUCUGCAGCAGCAGCAGCAGCAGGGGCAGGGGCAGCAGCAGCAGGGUGCUGCUGCUGCGGGGGGGGGAGGGCAGAGUAGGCUCGAGGAGGUACUCGCUAUACUGGCAGCACCGCAUGCAGAAGAACCAUGGGGGGAUGAGCAGCAGCAACAGCAGCAGCAGCAGCAGUUGCUGUUGCAGCAGCAGCAGAUGAUGGGGAUGCAGCAGCAGCAAGGUUAUGCUCAGCAGCAACUUGAGGGAGGUAUUCCUGCUGCUGCUGCUGCUGCUGCUUCUCCUGCUGUUGGGUUAGAGGGUGUGGGUAUAGGUGUGCGCACCCGUCCUCGGCGGGCAGUGCAGCAGCAGCAGCAGCAGCGGCAGCAGCAGCUGCAGCUCGAAGCAGAUGAUAGUAUGUAUGAAGAAUACAGCUCAAGCCGCAGCAGCGCAGCAAGAAGGCAGCAGAGCGCCCUCUCCCCUUCCCGGCGUGUGACCCGUGGCGGUCGUGCUGUUCGUGCUGCAGCAGCAGGUCGAGGUUUUGCUGCAGCAGCAGCAGCAGCAGUAGGAGGAGCAGCAGGUGUUGCUGCUGGUCGUGGCGGUGCCUGGGAUAUGUCUGUAUCUGGUGUUUCUGCUGCAGCAGGAGGGAAUACACCAGCAGCAGCAGCAGCAGCGCAAGCAGCAGCAGCAGCAGCAGGAGGAGACAACCUGCUGCUGCUGGAGGCCCCCCCAGAUGCAGCAGUGCUGCCGCCCCCACCUAUAGCCCGUAUAGGAGUGAACGAUAAGCCACUAAGCAGCAGCCAGAGAAGAACCUUAUGCAUACACAUGCGUAUGCUGUCGGCGCAGCAGCGGCGUGCUGCGCUUGAACUUAUACAGGAUGAUAUAGGUAUUGUUGCUGCCGAUCAUAUGUAUGAUGCUUCUUUUGCUGUCGAUACAGAAUUGCUAUCUAUAGAAAAACAAAAACGCCUAUUUGCUUAUGUUAAUAGUAUGGAGGUGCAGCAGCAGCAGCAGGUCUUGUGGGUGCAGCAGCAGGAGCUGUUGCGGGUACUCCUGCAGCAGCAGCAGCAUACAACCCUGCAUCAGCAACAGCAGCAGCAGCAGGAGGAGCAGCAGCAGGAGGUGACCAAGGCAGCAGCAGCAGCAGCAGCAGCAUUGGUGGUGUUGCUGCACGCAGCAGCAGCAGCAGCAGCAGCAGCAGCAACCAUAAACCCCUACCUGAAUAUAAACCUGUGGCUGAGGACGGAGAAAGAGUAG